AUGGGGAAGUGUCAGUCCAAGCGCGGCGAGCGAGGCCACUCACCGGCCCCCCGCGGCCCCCCGCGCCCCGGCCGCGCCGCAGCGCCCCAGAGAGAGAACCCCGAAGGGGACAGCUUCGCGGUGUCCGCGUACGCGAGUGGCCACAAAGGCGCGGAGGAGGCAGAGCGGCGCGUCGGCGGCAAGCAGGAGCUGCUCAGCGGGGACCUGCAGGAGGGACCUUUCCGGGAGGACCAGUGUCCCCUAGAGGUGGCAGUCACCCCUGAGAAAGCCGAGGGCCGAGGCAGCACAGGACAGCUCUUUGGCGUGCUUGAUGGAGAGAAAGCAGCAAGCCGCGAGGGCCCAUGAGGGCUGGGCAAGAGGCACCUGAACAUCGAUGCGCUCCAGUGCGACGUCUCGGUGAAGGAGGACAACCAUCAGGAGUGGACGUUCACAUUCUAUGGUUUCGACAACAAUGGCAUAGCCACCAGGGAGGACGUGUCCAGCCUGAUGCACACCAUCUGUGAGGCCGUCGACGCCUCCGUCAGCCACUCCUCUGGCAGCAGCAGGACCCUCCGUGUGAAACUGACCGUCAGCCCCGAGUCCUCCAGCAAGAGAAAGGAGAGUCCUCCCCCAGGCCAAGACCGGGAGCCCACUCACUGCAGGACGGAGGGCGAGCUCAGCGAGGACCCCCGGGGGGCCGACAAGAGGCUGUCGGCACAUGUCAGGAGGCCGGGCGCUGACCCCCACCCCUGCUGUGCAUGGGGCCCGUGCCGCGUGGACGAGAACACAGAGUGGAGGAACCACUACCUGGACCUGGCCGGAAUCGAGAACUACACGUCUAAGUUCGGACCUGGAUCCCCGCCGGCACCAGCCAAGCAGGAGCAUCAGGGCAAGGCCGUGCACCCCCAGAGCAGGUCCCACUCGCAGGAGGCGGACGCACACGAUGCACACCACCGCAGGUCUCAGCCGCUGGCCGACCACCCCCUGCUGGCUGCAGACCCCGCCAGGGCCCUGGACGCGCAGCCCCGCCUGAAGGGGCAGGACAAGCAGCCUCUGAGGUCCCCCAAGGGCUCAGGGAGGCCACCUGGGGCGCCCGGCGGAGGCAAGCCCGGGAGAGCCUUCGGCUCCCACCUGCCGGCGGCCCCGGCCCCCGCCCCCCAGGACGGCCAGCCCUCCCCCCCCCAGCCCCCGCCGCAGCCCUACGGCCACAAGCGCUACCGGCAGAGGGGCAGGAGGGGCAGGGAGGGCCACUCGCCCCCCAAGGCGGUGCCGGAGCAGGAGGCGGUGCGGGGCCCGCCGCCCCCGCUGGUGGGGGAGGGCUGUGCGGUGCCCGCGGUCCAGCACGACCACCACCACCCUUCCGAGUGCCAACUGUGCGCACCGGCCCCGGCAUGGGCUCCGCGGAGGUGGCGCCGAUGGACCUGGUGGGGAGGGCCUCCUUGGCCCCCGCCUCCCCGCGCCGUGCUGCCCACAGAGGCCGUGUCCGCACGGACACACGAGGCCCCUGUGGUGCUGGAGGGGCUCCGCUCGGACGCCACACGUCCGGUGACAAGGGCUGUGGGCCAGCAGGAAGUCUCACCCCGCCCCAGCGCUCCCAACGAGGCAGGAAGUUACUGCUCCUUUGUUCUGGAGAGGCGCGCCGACUCCGUCUCCCCGGCAGCUUGCGUGUCUGUGUCGGUGGCUUUCACUGGCCUUCGUGGCACCGCUGUUGAGGAUGAAGCGUCAGUGGUCGUCGCCCUGCUCGCCUCACCCACACCCGCUGCCCGGGACCUCAUAACGCUUCUGCUCCACGGGCUCUCGGAGGGCCCACGCCUCAUCCUCGGUGCCGGGCACGUCACCAACACACCAGAGAAGCCCAGUGAACACUGGAGGGCAGCCCACAAGCCCCCUGUGGCGUGGGCGUGA